AUGAAUGAGUCUAUUUCACAAAGUAAGCCAAUUGGAUCAUCACCUGCGAUUAAUUCAGCGAUUGAAAAUGAAACGCAAACUAAUCAUGUCUCUGAUAAUGAUGAAAUUGAGUCAGGGGGUAGAAAGAGGAAAACACGAUCAAUAGUAUGGAACCACUUUAAGAAAAUUAAAGUGGAUGGUAGUGAUAAAGCAGAGUGUAACUAUUGCAAAAAGAAAUUGGGAGCGAACUCGAAAAAUGAUAUACGCAAACAUAUCUUAGUAGGGGAGAAAAAUAAGGUUGAUGGUACUUCAUCUUAUGUUUCUAAUUAUACUUUUAAUGCGGAUAAAUCAAGAAGAAAUCUCGCGGAGAUGAUAAUCAUACACGAGUAUCCACUUUCAAUAGUAGAACAUCAUGGGUUCCGAAAGUUUGUGGGGGGUCUUCAGCCUUUGUUUAAGGUUACGUCUCGAAACACCAUUAAAAGUGACAUAUUAAAGAUUUAUGAUUUUGAAAGACAAAAGACAUUGAAGAUGUUAGAGAAGAACACUAGUAUGAUAGCAAUUACGACUGAUAUGUGGACGACUAACAAUUAAAAAUAGGGAUUUAUGGCGGUCACUGCUCACUUUGUUGAUCAAAAUUGGAAUAUGCAAAGUCGGAUCAUGAGGUUUAUUUAUGUGCCUUGUCCACAUACAUCUGAAGUUCUUGCGGAUGUACUUUAUGAUUGUUUAUUGGAUUGGAAUCUUGAUAGGAAACUGUCUACAUUAACUGUUGAUAAUUGCACCAUAAAUGAUGCAAUAAUCAACAUAUUGUUGGAUAAGCUUCCUAUGAGUUCACUUAUGAUGGGUGGGAAGUUGUUCCACAUGCGAUGUUGCACACACGUUCUCAAUUUGAUAGUUCAAGAUGGAUUGGCUGUUCUUGGGGACGGGAUUGAAAGGAUCAGAGAUAGUGUGGCCUUUUGGACUGCAUCGCCAAAAAGAGAUCAAAAGUUUGAGGAAGCAGCUCGCCAAUUGGGAAUAUCAUCCACCAAGAAAUUGGCACUUGAUUGUAAGACUCGAUGGAACUCUACUUAUUUGAUGAUUAGUGUUGCUAUAGUUUACAAAGACGUCUUUCAACGCUUACACCAACGAGAGUCUCAAUAUAAAAGUUUGCCAACACAAUGGGAUUGGGAGUUUGCUAAAGAGAUUUGUGAUAGAUUGCAAUUAUUUUAUGAGGUAACAAUAAUGUUUUCUGGUUCAAAGUAUCCCACUACAAAUGUAUUUUUUCCAUCAAUAUGUGAAAUUAGAUAUUCUUUGGUCGAUUGGUCAUGUUCUCCUAGUGAAGUUAUUAGAAACAUGGCUAAAAAAAUGCUUUUGAAGUUUGAUAAGUAUUGGUCUGUUAUACAUGGGAUUAUGGGAAUGGCAGCGGUUUUGGGUCCUCGGUAUAAAUUGAAGUUUGUGGAGUUACUUUUUCAUGUGUUGUACGGACAAGACAAAUCGGCGAUUGAACUUGAGAAGCUCAAAGAAUUGGUCUACACUUUGUUUCAAGAAUAUGAGUUUAGUGAUCCUGGCGUAAGAAACAACAGCGAAGGUGUUAGUGGUCCAUCUUCUUUAAGUUCAGGGUCUUCAGCAAGUCAUCGGGUUGAAUUUAAAAAACUCUUAUCAAAUAUUGCUUCAAUGGCCAACCAGCAUGAUGAUUCAGGUAUUACAACAGAAUUGGAUAAUUAUUUGAAAGAAAAACUUUUGCCUAAAGACAUGGAACUUGAUUUGCUACUUUGGUGGAAGACAAAUGGGUUUAAAUACCCAACACUUCAAAGGAUGGCUAGAGACAUAUUAGCCGUUCCUAUUUCUACURUCGCCUCGGAAUCUGCAUUUAGUACCGGUGGAAGAUUGGUAACUCCACAUCGUAGUCGACUUCAUCCAAAAACAUUGGAGGCUCUAAUGUGUGCUCAAAGUUGUCUAUUGAAUGAAAUACGAGAAACUUGUUCUGAUGAGACCGAARCAUAUUGCCAUACUAUUGAGUAUGAUUAUGACGUGGAAGAGUCUUUUACAUWCAUUUUCUUUUAUAGGAAGCUAAGGAAAGUGAAAGCUUGGGUUGACGAGUUUGGCCGUUUGGGAGUUCUCGGUUUGAAGUUGAUUCGGGUUCGGGUUCGGGUAAAACCAAUGGGUAACGAUUAUUCUGCUCUUAACGGGUUACCAAUGGGGAUCGGGGAAACCGCGGGGACCCGAUGGGAAUCCCUGAUAAGAUCCCCGACGGGGAUCGGGACGGUUACGGGGAUGGUUAUGGUUAUCGGUUUCGGGGACAGGGACUCUAAAAACCGGCCCGAACCCGGCCCGUUGCCAUUCCUAACAUGA